AUGGCGAAGACGAAGACAAUAGCAGUGCCUGACGCCUGGGACGACGAUUGGGAGACCCAAGCAGACAACGGUGCACCACUCAACCAGGAUCCCGAGCCUGAGAUCGAGCCGCCGCGGACCAAGGCAGAGCGAUUGGCGCAGCAUGUUGAAUCGAACCGGAAGCUCUGGGAGUCAGCAGACACGCGCGAGACCUUCCAUUUCCUCGAGGCAACAAACAACGUCCCCCUUACCUCAUCUUUCAAGUCGCAGGUUAAAGUCCUCAGUCGCAAACCCACGAUCGCGAAGAGGGACCCCGCCACAGGCCUCUCCCAGAUGACCCUCGAGGAUGACGGCGACGACAACACAAAGGAAGCCCAGCCCACGCCCGAGGAGAUCCGCGCGAAGCAGAAGCGAGACCGCGAGGAAAAGCAACGACGGUACGAGGAGGCACGUGCAAAGAUCUUUGGCGAGUCGGCGCCCUCGUCGGGAAACUCCUCACCGGGUACGGUGACACCGCCGAGGUCGGAUGGACAGCAGACUCCCCGCGCACGGGGCCGGGGCGGAUCUCGAGGCGGCUCUAAUGUUCACCAGAGAAACAAUGAUAACAGCCGGCAGUUUGAGGGCCGACGGCAGGUACAACAAUCUGGGUCCUCCAGGGAGCUUUUCGAUCCCAACUACGCAACUAAACCAGACUCACCUUCAUCACAAGGGGGAAGCGGAAGCGGCGAGUACUCAUCGAGGAUAUCUACAUCCAAGAAUGAGCAACAAGCUGCGAUUCGAUCACCAAGGGGACCAGACGGCAGCGGAAGAGGAGGUUUCGGCUUUGCUAGGCGCGGCGCCAAAGAAACUUGA